UUUAGAACAAUUCUCAUCGAUAUUGUCGUCAGGCUAGAACAAGAUGUCAGGAAGAGGCAAAGGAGGCAAGGGGCUCGGAAAAGGAGGCGCCAAGCGUCAUCGCAAAGUCCUCCGUGACAACAUCCAAGGCAUCACAAAGCCCGCCAUCCGCCGUCUUGCUCGCCGCGGUGGUGUCAAGCGUAUUUCAGGUUUGAUUUAUGAAGAAACACGUGGAGUUCUGAAGGUGUUCCUGGAGAACGUCAUCCGUGAUGCCGUGACCUACACCGAGCACGCUAAAAGGAAGACCGUGACCGCUAUGGACGUGGUUUACGCCCUGAAGCGCCAGGGACGUACUCUGUACGGUUUCGGCGGUUAAGACAUCAUCAAGAAUAUCAAUCGAAAUUUAACACAAAGGCUCUUUUAAGAACCACCCAAAUGUUUCAAAUCAGAGACUUUGUUUCCAUAAUUGUGGGUGUUAAAAAUUAUUAGAUUUCAGCCUUUAAAAUUAUUUUAUAAUGUAUUAUCGGUGAAGAAUGCACAAUAAAUAACUUGUUUGAGUAGCUGAGUUUAUUCCCCAGUGUUUGGCGCAUUUAAACUUGAAUGUAACAUCAGUCUGUAGGCUACAUACCCAUCUUGGUCUAAUCAAGCACCAAUACUACGUUCAAUUUGUAUUUCGGUGGUCAGGGCGUAUCUGAAGCGGACAAUGGUAUUGUAAAGGUUACUUAUUCAGGCUUCAACUGUGUGUAGGCUGUUUGGGCUAUAGCAUCAAUAAAUGGGUUAUAUUAGCCGGACGGGGAGAGCGUUUGACCGGGAUGUACCUGGUUCAAAUCCC